UCGACUUUAAUUUUAUUGAUGCAUUAGUCUGUCGCUCUUGAUAUCCGAAAACUUAUCGUUCUCUUGUUUCAAUUACUGAAGGACGGACUCACGGCCCUACGACGGACACACACGAGAGAACUCUUGAAGCCGCCGAGAGCUAGCGUGCCGCCUAGAACGGUGGACUCGAGUACUCGACUACCGAUGCUCCGAGUGAGGUAGGUAACUACUUACUCACCAUCAGUUUGUGACGAAUACUUUUGUUUGCUGCAGCCCCCGUUCCAUAUGAUUGAUUCGCUGACAUGUUCGAACAUGGCGCCAUCGAUACAAACAUUAAACACGACAAGCCUGCUGAUGAAAUGCUGUCGGGUUGGAGCCAGUGCAUUUGAGUCGUUACCUUUGACCUGGAGUUUGACCUGGCGGUGAAGGCGUUUCCCAAUUCCAAUUUCAGAUGCUUGGGAGUCAUUCAAUUUCAUGUCAAGAAAAAGUGUGCUCAACCUUCAAUCUCAGUCAAUGCCAUAAAAACAAUAUUGCAAAAUUUCCGGUUUUUUUACAAGCUGAUCAUCGUUGUUUGUAUGGGUUUGUUUUCAUUCGACAAAUCAAAGAUAUGUCUCUUUCACGGGGACAUUUUCAAAAAUUUCGGAAUUCGGGGAAGCCGAACCCGCAGCAGUGACCUCGGCUGUGCUUUGCAUUCUUAGCGAGAGGUGAGUUUGGAAAAGCAUAUAGCGUUAUCUGACCAGACUGCAUCACUAUUGGAGACAACAGUUCUGGGCCUCAAUAUAGCACUAUUUUAACUUGCCUGAGAGAACGGCUUCUGGCCCCCUGGUGACGGCAGUCUGUGUCUGCGAGUGCCUAACGCCGAUCAUUUCGAGUUCACACGUCGCUCGUUGUUCUUGCUUGUUACAGGCGUCGUUCAUUUCUACAAGUUAUUGAAAUAAUCCAAUCCACCGACGCUACAAUUUGCCGUUCAGCAUAAUGUCUUAUAAAUCGAAAAAGCAUAUGUAUCUUAAAAAGGAAAUCGAUAGUUUGUUUCAUAAACCUUUUUAUGACAAAUGUUAUGUUUCUUUGACAGAAUUUACUGCAGAAGAGAUAGCAAAUUAUAAAUUGAGCUUAAUUAAAAAUAAGGAUAAGACACCCGAAGAAGUUGAUCAUAUAUCUAAAAACAAUAAUACAUUAAAAGACAAUAAAACGUCUAAAAGCGAUAAAAGGUCAAAAGACGAUAAAAAGUCUAAAGAUGUUAAAACAUCUAGAGAUGAUAAAAAGUCUAAAGAUGUUAAAACAUCUAGAGAUGAUAAAAAGUCUAAAGAUGUUAAAACAUCUAGAGAUGAUAAAAAGUCUAAAGAUGUUAAAACGCCUAAAGAUGAUAAAACAACUAAAGAAAACACAUCUAUAGACGAUGAGCCUGCUAAAAAAAAACAAAAAUUGGAUACAAAUGGAAUAGAUGUUUUGAAAUUUGUAUUAUCUAGAGAGGGUGAAACUCAUAAAUUUAAAUCACAAUUCAAGUCUUCAUUAAAACUCAACAAAGAAAUUGCGUCUACCAGUACAGCAGAGGAGGUACCCAUAGUAGUUGAUUGCCAAGAACCCAUAGUAAUUGAUUGCGAAGAAUCUACCACAUCUGCUAAUUCUUCAGCUACAAAUGUAAAACAAAAGCUCUGGGUCAAGGAUCUUAAGAAAAUGAUGGAUGCAGAUAAUUACAUAAAGUGGCUGAAAAUAAUCAAUUAUAAAAAUAAACCCAAUCAUCCAACAAAUGGCAUGAAAAAGUUAGCAGUCGCUAAACUCCCUAUAAGCGGAACUAUAAGAAAACCUUUAAGCGGACUUAAAGUAGCUGACCUUAAACACGAUGUAUAUGUCAAAAAAUAUAAGAAAGAGCAUUUAGUUAAAAUUGAAAGAUUAUACAAAAAGUAUUUCAGCAAAUCCGUACAAGAUGCUAUCGUGAUUAUUGCAAAUAUACUCAAUAUAAUUUCAAUUUCUAACAAACAUUACAAGACACGAGUGGAUGAAUCUUUUAAGAAAAGAUCUGAAGCUGAAAAACUUAAAAAAAGAUGCGAUGCCAACCGAUUACAUGGAAGACACAAAAAAAUUCUAGAAACAAAGUUGAAAAUCAAUUUUGUAGACGUUGUAUCAUCUUUUGAAUUUUCAGAAUUUGAUACUGCAUUUCACAUGUUUUUUCUAAGUAUUUUAACUGUACUUCGAGUUCUGGAUCAUCGUCAAUUCAAAAGAGGCGGUAUCUUUAAAAAUGUGAUACUUUUAGUACGGGAUAGUUUGAAGAACAGUGAUUGUGACCAUCCCAAAAUUUUUUCAAUGUUCCGGUCAAAGACAUUUCAACCUGACUGUGUUGAUUUAAUAAGUCUAAUUGAAAAUAGUCAAGAUAUUGACUCUGGAGUCAGCAAUCGCAUGUCUUUGUUUUUUGUAUCAACAGUAAACAGUUGGGAAUAUUUUCAAGCAGUUAUUGAUGCUGUCACCGGUGAUUCAAAUGAAGACCUGGCGUUAUUAAUCGAUAAUGCAACUUUUCAAUGUUCCAUUAAUUCAGAGUUUAAAGAUCCUAUAGAUUCAUCAAAUGCACAAUAUUCAGAUGACAAAAUACCAGCAACACAAACUAUCCCUAGCACUAUCAAUUCUGAUGAAAUAAUUCAAAACUGGUCCCUAGCCAAAUAUCCAGAUGGAACUUUCCAACAAAUACCUGUGCUAAAGGGUAAUAAGACCCAAACCAUUGGUAAUACUGCAGUAAAACCGUCAAUUUUAACUGGCCAGACGUUAAAUACCUUCUAUCAAUCAUUUUCUUCUUCACUACAUGAUAAAACUUUUGAACCUUCUACUUCUAAAGUGAUACCAACAAACAAAUGUUUUGUUGUCGCGCCAACCAUUUCCCACAGUCCUUUUGUGAAACUAACAGCGUCUUUGUCAAAAACUGCAUUACCAAUACCAGCAACACCAACGACAUUUGUGAUUAUCAAACCAGCAGUUCCAAAUAAUAUAUCUAUGGCAAACAGUUCUCUUAAUAGAGCUGAAGGUAAAACUAUAAUAGUUGGUAACAAACAGUAUAAAUUCGUUAAGGGGCCAACAGGUGAAUUGAGAGCAGUUGUCAAUAAAACUAAAACAUUUGUUAAACCACCACCAACCAUUAAGACCAAAUGCUACUCGAGAAAUUGUACCAAGCCUGUAACAAUAAUGUGCAGUAGCUGUACAUCGGUGAAAUACUGUUCCAAUAUUUGCCAACAACAUGACUGGUAUGAUGGUCACAUAAACGACUGUCAUCAUCUGCUAAACAAAAAGUAGAGACUCUAAACGUUCCAUUACAUAUAUAAAUAAUUUUAAUGUAAUAUAUUUAUAUGAAAGGCGUUUUCAUGAAAAUAUUUUUAUUUAAAAAAAAAAUAUGGAUUACCUAUGCUUUUAUAUUUUGAUAUUUCUUAAGUUGGUAUAUAAGUUUGUAAAAUUACGGUUGAUUACUAUUAAGUUUAAUAUAAUAUUACUUUAUAGUUUUUAGGGUUUUUAUGUUAAUUUCUUUUUAUAUGCACCUGUAAUUUAUUUGUUUUUUCUAGUGAGGGUCGCCAAUAUGAAUAACUAAUUUGUAGUAUUUCAAAUUAUAUAAUAUUUACUUCUUGAUUAAAUUAAUGUUUGUAUAUAAAUAAAAUAAAAGUAAUUUAUGAGAGACUGAGUAGAAUAUGCCUUUGGUAUGGAUCCUACUAUGUAGGUUCAGAAUACCUACGAAACAAAAAACAAAAA